ACGGAGCUUCCUGACCCGGGUCUGCACGGCGGCCACUUGGCAGUGCUGGGCUUGGGUGGCAGGGCCCCACUGCAUCUCGGUUGGAGGGCAGAGGCUGCUGCUGCCCUGGGGUGCCGACCUCAGGCAUGACCUCCUGGCCAGGUGGCAGCUCGGGCCCUGACCCGCUCCUGGCCCUGCUGGUGGUGAUCCUGCUAGCACGCCUCAUCCUGUGGUCCUGCCUCGGGACCUACAUCGACUACAGACUGGCCCAGCGGCGGCCCCAGAAACCCAAGCAGGACUAG